UCGAUAACUUAAGUUAGAUUUUUCCUCCGAAUGUAAGUUAGUUUGUUUAGUGAUUGUUGAAAACCAAAAUGUUGAAAAAUGACGCUUUGGCCUUGUGGUACUUGUGUUUUGUGUGCAGCCUAAUAUUACUGGAUUUGACGAGCUACAUACAAUGUCAUGGACAUCCCUCAACAGACUUCAUCAAACAUAAUAUCGUUAAGCCUACAUUGCAGCAUGGCAGAACGAAGAGAGAAAUCACAUCUACAAAAGAUGUGACAGGAACCCACCACCGCGAUGUGAUCAUAACUGUGAGCAUCGACGGCGAGGAACAAGUGCUCGAACUGCAACUUAACGAGGUGCUGGUGCCGCGAGGACACUCUCUGAUCUAUCAGCAGGAUGGCCGGUCAAUAGUUCAUGUGCCAAAGAGAGAGGAGUUGGACUUAUGCCAAUACAUGGGACGCGUGCGCGGUAAGCAGGGCUCGUGGGCUGCGGUCUCAACGUGUGACGGAGUGCAGGGCGUCAUCUACGACGGACAGCAGCUGCGGUACAUCGAGCCUGCUCACGGUGACAUUAAUGGGGAACACUUCCUAUACUCACACGAGCAUCUGACGAGGAAACACCACUGCGGUUACCAGAAUGGCUCCAAGCAAAACUUCAGUCACAAUCCUCAUAAUUCUGUGCUGUUUCAGCAAGGCGAUGAGUUGGAACGAAAGUCUAAUCGGGACAAACGCCACGCAUUCGACAACACUUUAGUCCAAGAGCCCUACAACGCAAACAAGCGUUCGCGCUACGUGGAGCUCGUGCUGGUUGUGGACCACGGGGAGUAUCUCGCCAGCGGACAAAACAUACGCUUAGUCCAUCGGCACAUGAAGGACCUAGCCAACAUCAUCAACUCGGUGUACGCUCCGCUGCACAUUUUCAUAUCCCUGGUGGGUGUCGAGGUGUGGACGGAGGUAGACAAGAUCACGCUGGACAUGGACAGUCAAGCCACGCUCAAUAACUUUAAUAAGUACCGGAGCACGGAUCUCGUCCACAGGAUACCCAAUGACAAUGCUCAUCUGCUCUCCCGGCAGAAAUUCAAGGAUGGCGUCGUUGGCAAGGCACACUUGGGCAUGAUCUGUUCAAAUGAGAAGUCCGCAGGGGUGGAGACCAAUCACUCCGGAGUGUUUGGGAUCGUAGCCAUGACUAUAGCGCAUGAAAUGGGGCACAACUUUGGCAUGGGCCAUGACGAUGAGCAGGACGGAUGCGUGUGCCCAGACAAGAGGUGCAUCAUGAGCUCGUAUACAAGCGAUUCAAUUAUUCCUGUGCGCUGGUCUUCCUGCAGCCUGAGAAAUCUCAGUCGUUCUUUUGAAAAGGGUUUGGAUUACUGUCUACGUAACAUACCGAAGAGACUUUUCGAGUCACCAACCUGCGGUAACGGGUUCCUAGAAGAGGGCGAGGAAUGUGACUGCGGGACCUCACCCGGAGCGUUCUCCCCUAAGGACAGUGAUCGCAACGCGUGCACGGCGUGCUGCAAGCCCGACUGCACCCUGCGGGCCAACGCCACGUGUGGCCACGGCCAGUGCUGCGAUAUAAGGACGUGUCGUCCUAAGGCGCCUGGCACGGAAUGUCGCACCGCGAACAGCGAGUGUGACCUGCCGGAAUUCUGUAACGGGAACUCGCCAUUUUGUCCGCAAGACGUGCACAAGAUGGACGCCACACCUUGUCGGACGGGACAGGCGUACUGCGUGCGAGGUGCAUGCCGUACCCACACGGACCAGUGCCGACUGCUGUGGGGGAUUACGGGCGAACGAUCCGAUGACGCGUGCUAUAACGAGCACAACGUUCACGCCGACGAAUACGGUAACUGCGGUUACGAUCGCGUGUCGCAGAGAUUCCGCAGCUGCUCGCCGCAGGACGCCUUGUGCGGCAUGCUGCAGUGUACCCAUCUCGGAGAAAAUAAAAUCCACCUCGGCGACAUUUAUACUGCAAGGAUGAUGUCUUAUCCCGCGCAGAAGGGCAGAGGUAUGGUGGUCCCGUGUCACACGGCGAUUAUCGACUUUGGCCUGAGGGACGUGGACCCUGGCCUGGUGCCUGACGGCGCUAAGUGCGGACCCGAUAAGAUGUGCAUGCAGCAGAGAUGUGUGUCGGUUGAGCGAGUGAGAGAGAAAGCGCAGCGAGCAGCGGGCUCUAUCUGUCCGUCUAACUGCUCCGAGCACGGCGUGUGCAACUCCAAUGGUAACUGCCACUGCUCGGCGGGCUACGCGCCGCCGCAGUGCGCGCGGCCCGGCGCGGGCGGCUCGCAGGACUCCGGGCCCGCGGCCGACACUCACGAUCUAUCGAGAUUCAUGGUUGCAAUGUACAUAAUCUUCCUCGGCAUCGUCCCUGCAAUUAUACUGGUACUAGUCCUCAUCUACUUCUGUGCCUGUUGCUCUCCUCUCCGCUUCAAAAUUUUCAAAUCACACUACUCCAAACCUACCAACAUUGGUUCUAAGUUUGCACUUCCUAAUAUUAACUCAUUUAAAAAGUGGUUUUAUGAUAGCGAUGAAGUUAAUCGUGGUAACUGUAAAUUUAAUGUAAAUGAUGAUAAAGAGAAUAAAAUUGUUACUGUUAAGAAUAAAUUCGAUGGUCACAAGUAUAAGGAAAUAUGUUAUGUUGAUAUACCUAGUACAAAUGUAGCUAAGAGUGUGGUACAUGCUCAAUCAAAUAAAAAAAAUGUUACAGUACCGGUCAAAUUAAAAUAUACAAUAAAUAAAGAAGAUAUAGUUAUUGUUGAAAAGUAUAAUCAUGCUCCUGUUCAUAAUAAGACUUCAACUGUGGCAAAUAAUUUGGAUGUGAUCAAACCCAAAGUUGACGAUAUGAAAAAUAAAUAUGAGUCACUCACACAGAAUUCUAACUCCAAUAUUCCUAAUAUUAAAGACUUAAAUAAAGAACUUACAAUGCAUAAGAACAGUAAAAUGUCACCCAUAAAUAGACCUAAACCUAAUCUAAAUCCCAAACCUGCUAAUCAGAAACCUAGUGUAAGUCCUAAACCAGGUGUCAACCCCAAACCUAACAGGCUGCCAAAAAAUAGACCUAAGCCAGGAAUAAUAAAUGCUGGUCUCGCUUCUACAACUAAUGAGUUCCUCAAUCAAAGGUCGAAGUUGCGAAAAGUUGGUAAUGUAAAUGUUAAUAAAUAAUGGGGAGUAUUCCUGCAACAAUGUUCUGUCGCCAUCGCCAGGGUGCAGCACUAGCUCAUAUCGUAAACCAUAUAGAUUAACCUAUACAAAGUUACUAUGCCUUAAACAGUUUUUUGGCAAGUUUUUACUAUGACUUUGAUGCAUCAAGGUUUGUAUACAGAGUCUACAGCGAAAGUUCGUUAUCUGCCUCUCUAUCGCUCGAAUAUGCAAGAAGGAGAAGAAGAGAGGUAAGUAAAUCGUGUUUCGCGGUAGGACCUGUGUUUGUGCAAGUAGCGCCCUCUACGCAGUUUUUUUUGCCUAUUUAGGCAAUAUACUUUAGGUAUCUAAAAAAAUGUUUACAGCUUAUCAAAUUUAUAUAAAAAUUAAACAUUACCUUACCUUUAGACAUUGCAUAGUCUGUCAGUAUCUGUAUAACAGAACUGUUUUAUGUAUUUAGAUAUAACUUACAGUAUUUUUUUUGUAAAAAUGUAAUAAGAAUAUGGAACAAACUUGGUUAUCUCUAAAAAUAGCUAAUUUAUAAUGUAAGUUAAAAAAAACAAUCUUUGUGUAAAACUUUUUUGUUUGCAAGUAGAUGCAGUCAGCAACAAAUCUGUCUGAGCAUGCAAGGUUUUCAAAAUGAUCUAUACACAUUAUUAUUCUCUUCUAGCUACACAUAGGUAACUUCUGCUGUUGACUCUUUGAAACAAGCUUUACUUACAUAAGAUCUAUUUUUAUAUACCAGAUACUAUGAAUGUCUGUUUGUUGCCCCAUUUUUACUUUGUUAUGAGAUUGGGCCCAAUCUCACGAGUAGACAAGUGAACUAUGUUUUUAAUAGGUAAUUUAAGAUACAAAUACUUAACCAACGCAAAGAAUACAUAUUAAGUGAAGAUCACUCAGAUACAGGCAACUAUCAGUUGUUUCAACUGCCUGCCUGAUUAAUAAAUAAUAAUUAUAAUAAAAGCAGAACUUGGUUAUAUGUAGGUACUAUGCAUAAUAGUUAAGAAUUGGUUGUUUACUUUGAAGUAAUGGAAUAUAAAUUUGUUAUUGUAAAUUGAUGUGUUCAAGCAUGCCAAAGAAACUAGGUAUACAUAUACCUAACCCACUGUUAAUAUUGUCUUGUAUAUAAAUUAAAAUAUUUCUCACAUAA